CAGAGAAGUGGAGAAGUCUUAGUAGGGGAGACUAACCAAAGAGGAAAACUUGGACACUUUUUUUUAGGAAAACAGUCAAAGUUUAGGAGAAAGAUUCAACAUGGCAGUUGCCAGCAUGGCCAUGCCUGGCUCCACAGCAGGCCCCACACUGGGUUUUGAUGACUACAGUCUCUACAGCAACCUGUCAGAUGAUGAGCUGAUGCAGCUGGCUAUCGAACGCAGCCUCAGUGAGACCCACGAUGCCACUGCACCGGGUGAAGCCAGCAACACCACCACAGCUCUAGGAAGAAGAAUAGUCCAGUAUAGGGAAAAUCCACCCCCAACCAGGGUGAACCCACCAAAUCCACCAAGGCAGGAACCAAGCCACAGGCCGCCUACUGCCAAACCAACUGACGCAGAAGAGGACACUAUUGUGAAAGCAAUCCUGAAUGGUGAUGUGACUACGUUACGAGCUAUGGCUAAAGACACCGGGAAUAACAUUCUGCGGCCUGACAAGUAUGGAUGGAUCCCGCUGCACGAGGCUGCAUAUUAUGGCCAAGACCAGUGUGUCAGGGUUCUUCUUGGGGCUCAACCUGGAAUGAUUAACAAAUGCGACCUAAAAGGCCAGACUGCUCUUAUCUUGGCGGUGGGCAGGGAAAUGGUGGCCUGUGUAAAGGCGCUUCUGGAGAAAGGGGCAGACCCAGGACUCGCCACCAAGGAGAGAGAGACCCCCCUCUACAAAGCUUGUGAAAGGGAGAAUGCUGAGAUUGUGGCCAUGCUUCUGAAUCACGGUGCUGUGGUGAACAAACACUGCAUCCAGGGCUGGACGGCUCUCCAGGAGGCUGUGAGCCGCAACAGUGUGGAGAUAUGUGAGAUGUUGGUCCAGGCCGGGGCUAAGCUCAGCCCAACCAACAUGUACGGUAUCACGCCCCUGUUUACUGCAGCCCAGAGUGGAUGCGUGGAAACACUUCGAUUUCUCAUUAAACACGGUGCUGAUAUCAACAGCGAGGCCAGCGAUGGGGCCACAGCUCUGUAUGAGGCGGCUAAGAAUGGCCAUGAAGACAUUGUGAAGCUUCUUCUUUCUCAGAAUGCUGAUGCCAACAAAGCGGGCAAGAAAGGACUUCUGCCACUACAUAUCGCUGCCCAACGAGGAACUGAUGGAGAAACCCUGCUGACCUAUGACUUCUACAAUUAUGACAAGUCAGUUAAUAUUGUGUCGUUGCUGAUCAAAGCCACCAGCAAGUCCAGAGUGAAUCGCAGUGGCAUCAGUCCCCUCCAUCUUGCCGCCGAGUGCAACAGGGAUGAAGUCCUGGAGGUCCUAAUCGAGGCCGGCUAUGAUGUCAAUGCCAUGCUGUCAGAGGACCGCUCCAAGAUGUACGAGGAUCAUCGCAGCACAAUUCUAUACUUUGCCGUCACCAACGGCAAUGUGGAAGCGACCACCAUGCUUCUAGAAGCCGGUGCUAACCCCAACCUAGACACCUUCAACACGCUACUGGUGGCCGUGAGGCAGGGUAGUAUCGAAUUGGUCACUUUGCUGGUGGAGCACGGGGCCAACGUUAACGCCUACGUCCCCACUCACCCCACCUCAUUCCCGGCCACUGUCAUGUUCAGUAUGAAGUACCUGUCCAUGCUGAAGUAUUUGAUGGACAAUGGCUGUGAUGCCCACUCCUGUUUUAGUUGCACUUAUGGCAGUGGUCCACAUCCACCCAUUCAAGAGACAUCUGAGAGGGAUGACUUGCGCUACAAUAACGAUACACCCAGGAAUACUGGGAAAGCUGUUCAGUUCUGUGAGAUAAUCUCAACUCAGGCAAUAAACCGCUGGGCAGGACCCAUCAUAGACAUACUCCUGGAUUAUGUUGGCCAUGUGAAACUCUGCUCCAGACUUACUGAACACCUAGAUAGCUUUGAGGACUGGGAAGCCAUCAAGGAGAAAGCAACGCCACCGCGUCCACUGAUGCAGCUGUGUAGGCUGAAGAUCCGGCAGCAGGUUGGAAUCCACAGACUGAGGUGCAUCAACAAACUGCCCCUCCCACCACGAGUAAUCAAGUACCUUAACCACGAAGAGCGCAACCAAGAAGAGUUUUGUGCAUUCUAGAGAGUGACAUCAUAGUCAAAGCAAGAGAUGACAGAGGGAAUGCCUCACAAAAUCAAUUGACAUAAUCAGUGUUUAUGGUGUGAAUAUUUUUACUGAUAUUUGAGUAGUAAUGUAGAGUACAGUUACAUUUCACAAUUAAACUUUAAGAUCAGACUUAUAUAGUAAUUUAAUAAGCUCACCCGACAGGUAGACUUACCAAAGUCGGUAGCAUUUUAUUUGACUGUUGUAGACAUUACUAGGUACUUUCUAGUAAUUACUUUUAUUUAAAUUACUAGGUAUUCGCAAGUACAUGGUAAAAUGCUAAUUAUAGUUUUAACAUAUUCAUUACUUGUUUGUUUCAGUGAGACCAAUUUAAGCAAAAUUUUUAAACAAAUAUUGAAAUGGGAAUUUUGUCAAGUUUAGAAAAUCUACAUGUUUAAGUGUACAGUAAUUUUGGGGCGUUAUAGGACCCUGUAAGGCAAGCUUUUAUGAAUUUAUAAGUUCAACCUUAGUUGAGACUUCAUAAUAUUGUUAUUGAGAAUAGUCUAUUCAAUUUCUCAAUGGAAGAUAAAUAUGAAAGAAGUACACAAAUGGAUUUUUGUCAAGGUUUGGAAAGCUGCCUAUUUGAUUGCGCAGUAUUUUUGGGGAAACAUUUUACUCUUUUAGGCUACCUUAUAUGUACAGUUGAAGUCGGAAGUAUACAUACACCUUAGUCAAAUACAUUUAAACUCAGUUUUUCACAAUUCCUGAAAUGUUAUCCUAAUAAAAAUUCCCUGUCUUAGGUCAGUUAGGAUCACUACUUUAUUUUAAGAAUGUGAAAUAUCAGAAUAAUAGUAGAGAGAAUUAUUUAUUUCAGCUUUUAUUUCUUUCAUCACAUUCCCAGUGGGUCAGAAGUUUACAUACACUCAAUUAGUAUAUGGUAGCAUUGCCUUUAAAUAGUUUAACUUGGGUCAAACAUUUCGGGUAGCCUUCCACAAGCUUCCCACAAUAGGUUGGGUGAAUUUUGGCCCAUUCCUCCUGACAGAGCUGAUGUAACUGGGUCAGGUUUGUAGGCCUCCUUGCUCUCACACGCAUUUUCAGUUCUGCCCACAAAUGUUCUAUGGGAUUGAGGUCAGGGCUUUGUGAUGGCCACUCCAAUACCUUGACUUUGUUGUCCUUAAGCCAUUUUGCCACAACUUUGGAGGUUUGAUUGGAGUCAUUGCCCAUUUGGAAGACCCAUUUGUGACAAAGCUUUAACUUCCUGACUGAUGUCUUCAGAUGUUGUUUCAAUAUAUCCACAUAAUUUUCCUUCCUCGUGAUGCCAUCUAUAUUGUGUAAUGCACCAGUCCCUCCUGCAGCAAAGCACCCCCACAACAUGAUCCUGCCACCCACAUGCUUCACGGUUGGGAUGGUGUUUUUGGCUUUUUUGGCCUCCCCCUUUUUCCUCCAAACAUAAUGAUGGUCAUUAUGGCCAAACAGUUCUUUCAUCAGACCAGAGGACAUUUGUCCAAAAAGUACGAUCUUUGUCCCCAUGUGCAGUUGCAAACCGUAGUCUGGCUUUUUUGGGGUGGUUUUGGAGCAUUGGCUUCUUCCUUGCUGAGCGGCCUUUCAGGUUAUGUCGAUAUAGAUACUUUUGUACCCGUUUCCUCCUGCAUCUUCACAAGGUCCUUUGCUGUUGUUCUGGGAUUGAUUUGCACUUUUCGCACCAAAGUCUCUAUCUCUAGGAGACAGAACGCUUCUCCUUCCUGAGCGGUAUGACGGCUGCGUGGUCCCAUGGUGUUUAUACUUGCGUACUAUUGUUUGUACAGAUGAACGUGGUACCUUCAGGCAUUUCGAAAUUGCUCCCAAGGAUGAACCAGACUUGUGGAGGUCUACAAUUUAUUUUCUGAGAUCUUGGCCGAUUUAUUUUGAUUUUCCCAUGAUGUCAAGCAAAGAGGCACUGAGUUUGAAGGAAGGCCUUGAAAUACAUCCACAGGUACACCUCCAAUUGACUCAAAUGCUGUCAAUUAGCCUAUCAGAAGCUUCUAAAGCCAUGACAUAAUUUUCUGUAAUUUUCCAAGCUGUUUAAAGGCACAGUCAAUUUAUUGUAUGUAAACCUCUGACCCACUGGAAUUUUGAUUAAGUGAAUUACUUGUGACAUGCACAAAGUAGAUGUCCUAACAGACUUGCCAAAACUAUAGUUUGUUAACAAGAAAUAUGUGGAGUGGUUGAAAAAGAAGAAUUAUUGACUCCAACCUAAGUGUAUGUAAAAUUUCGACUUCAACUGUAUAUAUACGUUGUGUUUUUGUAAAUAUUAAAUUUGUACAGUUUAACUUAUGCCAAAGAUAGCAGUUGAACAUUAAGGUUUACAGCAUUUCCUGAAAGUAAAUUUCACAGGAGAGAUUGAGAAUGAGAACAAAGCACUAUAUUUAAUUUGAUAUGUGUAAAUAGAUUCCAAUUUGUGUAUUUGCAGUAUUCUGUAUGGCAUCUGAGGUAAGGGUCACCUUUUUCUAAUAUUUGGGUAUAUUUCUCUAGAAGGUGACCUCCAUGUACUUUUAUUUCCGAUCAUGGAAACAAUUCAAUCUUGUGUCUGGAAAAAAAUAAACAUAAUUUGAAUAUCAA